CUCACCUCUGAACAGGAGCCCACCAUUCACCCCUGACACCAUGACCCACUGCUGCUCCCCUUGCUGCCAGCCUACGUGCUACAGGACCACCUGCUGCAGGACCACCUGCUGGGAGCCCACCUGUGUGACCAGCUGCAGCAGCACACCCUGCUGCCAGCCCUCCUGCUGUGUGUCCAGCUGCUGCCAGCCUUGCUGCCGCCCAACUUGCUGUCAAAACACCUGCUGCAGGACCACCUGCUGGAAGCCCACCUGUGUGACCAGCUGCAGGAGCACACCCUGCUGCCAGCCCUCCUGCUGUGUGUCCAGCUGCUGCCAGCCCUGCUGUCAAAACACCUGCUGCAAGACCACCUGCUGCCAGCCCACCUGUGUGACCAGCUGCUGCCAGCCCACCUGUGUGACCAGCUGCUGCCAGCCUUCCUGCUGCAGCACACCCUGCUGCUGCCAGCCCACCUGCUGUGAGUCCAGCUGCUGUGGCCAAACCAGCUGUGGGUCCAGUUGUGGCCAGACCAGCUCCUGUGCACCUGUGUACUGCACGAGAACCUGCUACCACCCAACGUGUGUCUGCCUUCCUGGUUGCCUAAACCAGAGCUGUGGAUCCAGCUGCUGCCAGCCCUGCUGUCGCCCAGCCUGCUGUGAGACCACCUGCUGCAGGACCACCUGCUGGAAGCCCACCUGUGUGACCAGCUGCAACAGCACACCCUGCUGCCAGCCGUCCUGCUGUGUGUCCAGCUGCUGCCAGCCAUGCUGCCACCCAACUUGCUGUCAAAACACCUGCUGUAGGACCACCUGCUGCCAGCCCACCUGUGUGACCAGCUGCUGCUAGCCUUCCUGCUGCAGCACACCCUGCUGCCAGCCCACCUGCUGUGGGUCCAGCUGCUGUGGCCAAACCAGCUGUGGGUCCAGCUGUGGCCAGACCAGCUCCUGUGCACCUGUGUACUGCACGAGAACCUGCUACCACCCCACGUGUGUCUGCCUGCCUGGUUGCCUAAACCAGAGCUGUGGAUCCAGCUGCUGCCAGCCCUGCUGCCGCCCAGCCUGCUGUGAGACCACCUGCUGUAGGACCACCUGCUGCCAGCCCACCUGUGUGACCAGCUGCUGCCAGCCUUCCUGCUGCUGAUCAACUCCCAAGAGAAUCACCAUCCUCACACAACAGCCUUCUGCUCAACUGACUUAUCUUUUGGGGAACUAAUUUACUUUGCUGCUGACUGCCACCAUGCUCUCACCCACAUUUUUAUGAAUUCUCUCCAUGUUUAAAAUCUGGUGAUUCAGCUCGAGGGAGGGCAGAGUACUUCAUCCUGAUUCUCUUUCUCCUUACACCUUGUGGAUCAUGUGCCAGGUUCCUGUGUGCUCAGUUUGGAGUCAUGGUCUCAGCUUUGACUCUAAAGUCAAGAGCUUCAUUCUCUGUUUCUCAGAAAUUUAGGUUUCUGAAACUAAUCCAUAAUCUUUGCAGUCAUAAUUUUGUUUUCAGUAUCCUCCUCAUUGUUCUUGUAUCUUUCUUUCUUCUUUUUGUGGUAACUUUGGGUCAUAUUCCUGGUAGCAGAGAUUCUUGCCUACAUGUUUCUGAAUAAACUCUGAACCAUCCUCAUCUCA